AAAUGUUUACUAAAUAAUUAUGACUCCUGAUAAAACAGUAACAACUUUCACAAUCACAUAAAUGACAGCAGCAUUAGGCCGUAAAACCGUUUCGUUAAAUAUUUUUGCGUUAAUUGUGACAAAGUGCCUCUGUAAUGGAACUGAACAAGUUGAACCAUCCUAUUCACAGCAAUAGCGGGAUCGAUAUUAAUAAUUUGAAAGUUUGGUUACCCGAGGAGAAGUCUUGGUGGAGACGCAAAGUGACUAAGCCAAAAAAAAUAAUACUAAACGAUGUUUCAGGUUACAUUAAGAGUGGAGAAUUCUUAGCAAUAAUUGGACCAAGUGGCGCCGGUAAAACAACAUUGCUUACAUCGCUGGCUGGCAAAUGUGUGCUGCCGUAUGAAGGCCAGGUGAAAUUUAAAUCAAGAAACGUAAAGGAUUUUGAGCCUGGUGUUGUGGAACUACUUCCGCAAUUUGAUGUCUUCAUGGACAGUUUGAGUGUUGUCGAACAUUUAACGUUUAUGACAGAAAUGAAACUCGGUAGUGUAAGGAAUCCCCAAAAUAGUGCAAUACUAGCAUCUCUUUUACACGAGUUGAAAUUAAAACCAAUAGAAAACAAUCCAAUAAAUUCCCUAUCAGGUGGUGAGAGAAGGCUGCUGUCUUUGGCAACGUCGCUUCUAUCAAGUCCUUUGGUGCUGAUAUGCGACGAACCAACAACCGGACUGGACAGUUACAAUGCGUUACUAGUUAUAAGUGUUCUCAAGAAAUUAUCAAAAGCCGGUAAAACAGUAAUAUGCUCGGUCCACCAGCCUUCCUCUGACUUGUUCAGGGAGUUCACUUCCGUGUGUUUGAUGUCAGAAGGAAAGUUGCUGUUUAAUGGAACUCAGCGGGACUGUAAGGAACUCUUUGAAAGAAUUAAUCUUCACUGUCCAAUAAAUUAUAAUCCAGCUGAGUUCUACAUUAAGGCAGUAUCUGCGCAUGGGGAAGAUAACUAUGUAGAGAGAUUAUUGGAAAAUAAACGCGAUCCAAGCUAUUCUGACGACGGAACAAGUUUGACUCAAUCGACAACACCGACCGCGACAUUCCCAACGUGCCAAAGGGGUUGGUUCAAACAGGUUCAGCUUCUGGUAUGGCGAUCUUUGUUGACUGUGAAAAAUGAUACGAUAUUCUUUCUGUUUCAACUAUUUCUCACUACGGUCAUAUCCUCGAUGAUCAUAGGCACAUGUUACCUGGGCAUAUCUGGUAGGACGCAGCAAGGAGUGCAGGAUCUGCGGGGUUUUCUGUGGCUCCUGUUAUCAGAAGUGAGCUUCAGUCUAUCCUACAUAGCGCUGUAUGCCUUCCAUGCUGACCUGCCACUCUUCAAGCGUGAAGUCGGUGUCUACAAGACUUCAGCCUUCUAUAUGUGCAGAUUUUUGACUUUGAUUCCAAGAUGCAUAAUUUGGCCGAUCGUGUACGUCACAAUAGCGACACUCACGGUACAGUUGCCAAAUCACAUCCUGACAGCUCUCAAGUUUUCUGCAGCUCUUGUCAUCACGGGUAUUGCAUCUUCAGCUUAUGGUCUUGGUAUGGGAGCAUUGUUCUCAUCUUCGGGUGUGAUGGGUGACGUAAUGCCGUGUGCUGAUCUCCCGCUGUUGCUGAUGUCAGGAGCAUUACUGCGGAUAUCAUCUCUACCAGUCUGGUUGUAUCCAGUGAAAUAUAUUUCCCACUUCUUCUACGGCAUGGAUGCGAUUAGUAAUAUAUAUUGGUCGCAGAUAGAUUGGAUUGAAUGCCCAACGAACUCAACAACGGCAUGCUACCAGACUGGAAUAGAAGUCUUAACGGAGAAUGGAUACACAAAUUAUUACAUAUUCGAUACCCUGGGUAUUCUAUCUGUGACAAUAAUAUGGAGCUUGUUAGGCUACUACGGACUGAAGCGGGAAGAAAAUAAAGGCUUUGUGUAUUAAAA